GGGCUUUAUUUUGAGGGGAUGCUGAGAAAGCCUUUCCCCUCCUGUAGCACAUUGCCUGGGCGUUCCUAUUAUGGAAGUUAAGUGAGAAACUCUGCAGCUUGAACUGAUUUGGGAGAGAAAGAGAGAGAAAGGGGUAGGGGGAGGGCGAGAGGAAAGCAAAAUAGCCAAACCAAGCCAAUGAUUUUCCUGCAAAGUGCCGGGAAGUUUGUGGAGCACUUUCUAGGAAUCAGGUCCUUUCUCAGAGUCUCUCCUUGUCUUCCGAAGAAAAAGCUUGGCUUUUGGAUUGCCAUGGAUCCUAAAGAGAGUCUUAGACACGCUUGAAUAGUUCCUCUUCUUGGGCUGGAUUGGUGGGAAUUUAGGAAGGAGCGUGUGUGCAAAGCAGAAGCCUUCGGAGCUCGCUCGCUGCUCUAAUCUGUAUGGAUCUAAAAGUGUCACAUUCAGGACCUUCCCAUCUGCAGCUUUUGAUUUCAAGAUUUCCCUUCCCAUUUUAAGCAGCUGCUAGGAAACUGAAAACUUUUUGGACCCACCUCUAACUGGCUUUGGAUACUUUUUUUUUUUUUUUUUAAAUCUCUGUGGAAUUGGUCUCGCAAGCGAUCGAGCGAUCGGGAUUGCUUUUAAUAUGUCAAAAUGGGUCUGCUGACGCCACUCCUGCUCUUUGGAUUUUCAUUUUUUCAAGUCUAUGGAUCUCGUCUCCGUCAGGAGGACUUCCCACCACGGAUUGUUGAGCACCCUUCAGAUGUGAUAGUCUCUAAAGGGGAGCCAACAACUCUGAACUGUAAAGCUGAAGGACGACCAACUCCUACUAUUGAGUGGUACAAGGAUGGAGAGCGAGUGGAAACAGACAAGGAUGAUCCGCGCUCCCACCGCAUGCUGCUGCCCAGCGGAUCUUUAUUUUUCUUACGUAUUGUGCAUGGACGUAGGAGUAAACCUGAUGAAGGAAGUUACGUUUGCGUAGCAAGGAACUAUCUUGGAGAAGCUGUGAGUCGCAAUGCAUCUCUGGAAGUGGCAUUGCUACGGGAUGACUUCCGCCAAAACCCGACAGAUGUUGUGGUGGCAGCUGGAGAGCCUGCCAUAUUGGAGUGCCAGCCACCUCGUGGACACCCUGAGCCUACCAUCUACUGGAAGAAAGAUAAAGUCCGUAUUGAUGACAGGGAAGAGCGGAUCAGUAUACGUGGUGGGAAGCUGAUGAUCUCCAACACAAGAAAAAGUGAUGCUGGCAUGUACACUUGUGUUGGAACCAACAUGGUGGGGGAGCGAGACAGCGAUCCGGCAGAGCUGACUGUCUUUGAACGGCCCACGUUUCUCAGGCGACCGAUUAACCAAGUGGUGCUGGAGGAGGAGGCUGUGGAUUUCCGGUGCCAGGUGCAGGGCGAUCCCACACCCACAGUCCGAUGGAAGAAAGAUGAUGCAGACUUACCGAGAGGAAGGUAUGACAUCAAAGAUGACUACACUUUGCGUAUUAAGAAGGCCAUGAGUACAGAUGAAGGAACCUACACAUGCAUUGCUGAGAAUCGAGUUGGAAAAGUGGAAGCCUCUGCUACCCUCACUGUACGAGCUCCCCCACAGUUUGUGGUGAGACCACGAGACCAGAUUGUGGCCCAGGGUCGAACAGUGACUUUUCCUUGUGAAACUAAAGGAAAUCCCCAGCCAGCUGUUUUCUGGCAAAAAGAAGGAAGCCAGAAUCUACUCUUCCCAAACCAGCCUCUCCAACCCAGCAGCAGGUACUCAGUGUCACCAACUGGAGACCUCACUAUUACAAACAUUCAGCGGUCUGAUGCAGGCUACUACAUUUGUCAAGCACUGACGGUUGCUGGAAGCAUUUUAGCAAAGGCUCAGCUGGAGGUUACUGAUGUCUUGACAGAUAGGCCCCCACCCAUCAUCCUCCAGGGGCCAGUCAAUCAGACACUGGCAGUGGAUGGGACAGCUUUGCUGAAAUGCAAGGCAACUGGUGACCCGCUUCCUGUCAUCAGCUGGUUAAAAGAAGGAUUCACCUUCCUUGGCAGAGACCCUCGAACAUCCAUACAGGACCAGGGGACGCUUCAGAUUAAAAGUCUGCGGCUGUCCGAUACUGGGACUUACACUUGCGUUGCUACAAGUUCCAGUGGAGAGACAUCUUGGAGUGCUGUGCUGGAGGUGACAGAAUCCAGUGGAGCAACAAUCAGUAAAAAUUACGAUAUUAAUGACCUCCCUGGGCCACCAUCCAAACCACAGGUCACUGAUGUUACUAAGAACAGUGUCACCCUGUCCUGGCAACCAGGGACCCCUGGAAGCCUCCCAGCUAGUGCAUAUAUCAUUGAGGCUUUUAGUCAAUCUGUGAGCAAUAGUUGGCAAACAGUGGCUAACCAUGUCAAGACGACUCUCUACACUGUAAGAGGACUGCGUCCCAAUACAAUCUAUCUGUUUAUGGUGAGAGCUAUCAAUUCACAAGGUCUGAGUGAUCCCAGCCCUAUGUCCGAUCCUGUCCGAACACAAGAUAUCAGUCCACCAGCACAAGGUGUGGAUCACAGGCAAGUCCAGAAAGAGCUGGGAGACGUCAUUGUACGGCUGCAUAAUCCUGUUGUGCUGACACCCACUACGGUUCAAGUCACCUGGACGGUUGACCGCCAAUCCCAGUUUAUUCAGGGGUACCGAGUAAUGUAUCGCCAAACGUCUGGGCUGCCUUCUCCAGCUGUAUGGCAGAAUUUGGAGGUCAAAGUUCCAACUGAGCGCAGUGCUGUCCUCGUCAACUUGAAAAAGGGGGUCACUUAUGAAAUUAAAGUUCGACCUUAUUUCAAUGAAUUCCAAGGAAUGGACAGUGAAUCAAAGUCUGCUCGUACCACAGAGGAAGCUCCAAGUGCCGCUCCUCAGUCUGUUACUGUCCUGACAGUUGGAAACCACAACAGCACAAGCAUCAGCAUCUCCUGGGAUCCUCCCCCUCCAGAUCACCAAAAUGGAGUCAUCCAGGAGUAUAAGAUCUGGUGUUUAGGUAAUGAGACUCGAUUUCAUAUCAACAAAACAGUAGAUGCAGCCAUUCGGUCUGUAGUAAUAGGUGGCCUAUAUCCAGGUAUUCAGUACCGCGUGGAAGUUGCUGCAAGCACCAGUGCAGGUGUGGGAGUAAAAAGUGAGCCACAGCCCAUAAUAAUUGGAGGCCGUAACGAAGUUGUCAUCACUGAAAAUAACAACAGCAUAACUGAGCAAAUCACUGAUGUUGUCAAACAGCCUGCCUUUAUAGCUGGCAUCGGUGGUGCAUGUUGGGUAAUUCUGAUGGGUUUCAGCAUCUGGCUGUACUGGCGCAGGAAGAAGAGGAAGGGGCUCAGCAAUUAUGCUGUUCAGUCCUUCACCUUCACCCCUGCAGAGACCGGUCUUCCUACUGCACUGAUGAACCAGUCCUUAUGCCCAGUCACUUUCCAAAGAGGAGAUGGAGGACUAAUGAGCAAUGGAAGCCGACCAGGUCUGUUGAAUGCAAGCGAUCCCAGUUAUCCUUGGCUUGCAGACUCUUGGCCUGCCACAAGUCUGCCAGUAAACAGCAGCACUAGUGGACCCAAUGACCUUGGCAAUUUUGGUCGUGGAGAUGUGCUGCCACCAGUGCCAGGACAAGGAGAUAAAACUGCUACUAUGCUUUCUGAUGGAGCCAUUUACAGCAGCAUUGACUUCACCACAAAAACUAGUUACAACAGUUCCAGCCAAAUAACACAAGCUACGCCAUAUGCCACCACCCAGAUACUGCAUUCCAACAGCAUCCAUGAGUUGGCUGUCGACUUACCUGAUCCUCAGUGGAAAAGCUCAAUUCAGCAAAAAAAUGACCUGAUGGGCUUCGGUUACUCUCUCCCAGACCAAGGCAAAGGCAACAAUGCCUUGCUUUACAUCCCUGACUACCGGGUGGCUGAGGGACUGGCUAAUAGGUUGCCACACAACCAGUCACAGGAUUUCAGCACCACCAGCUCCCACAACAGCUCUGAAAGGAGUGGCAGCCUCUCAGGUGGCAAAGGAGGGAAAAAGAAGAAAAACAAAAAUACUGCCAAGCCCCAGAAAAGUAAUGGUUCCAACUGGGCCAGUGUUCCCCUCCCACCCCCUCCCGUGCAGCCAUUGCCAGGCACAGAACUGGAACACUAUGGGGUGGAUCAGCAAGAAGCAGGAUAUGACAGUGAUGGUUGGUGUCCGCCUUUGCCAGUUCAAACCUACCUACAUCAGGGCAUGGAGGAUGAGCUUGAAGAAGAUGAUGAUCGUGUUCCGACACCUCCUGUCCGAGGAGUAGCUUCAUCGCCUGCAAUCUCUUUUGGGCAACAGUCAACUGCAACCCUCACACCUUCUCCACGAGAGGAGAUGCAGCCAAUGCUUCAAGCCCACCUUGAUGAAUUAACUAGGGCUUACCAGUUUGAUAUAGCAAAGCAGACAUGGCACAUCCAAAGCAAUACACAACCUCCUCAGGCUCCGGUUCCACCCCUAGGAUAUGUAUCUGGAAACCUUAUUUCAGAUUUGGAAACAGAUGUUCCAGAUGAUGAUGAUGAUGAGGAUGAUAUUGAAGAAGAAACUGUAGAAAUCAGUAGGCCACUAAGAGGUCUAGAGCAUACUCCAGGCUCCAGUAUGGACAAUCUAGAGAGCUCUGUGACAGGCAAAGCAUACCCUUCUCAGAGACCUCGGCCGUGCAGCCCUUUUUCUACUGACAGCAACACCAGUGCAGCUGUCAAUCAGAGUCAGAGGCCAAGGCCUACUAAGAAACAUAAGGGAGGAAGGUUGGACCAACCUCCCUUGCCUCAUCGUAGGGAGGGAAUGACAGACGAUCUUCCACCACCACCUGACCCACCCCCUGGUCAGGGUUUAAGGCAGCAAAUAGUCCCCAGCCAGCGUGGAAGCUCGGCAGAGAGGAAAGGAAGCUCUCUUGAGAGGCAGCAUGCUCCGAACGUAGAUGAAACAAAGAGCUCCCUGGACCGGCAUGCUAGGACUUCACUAGAGUGGCAGCGGCAAACCCAGGAGUGGAUAAGUUCUACAGACCGCCAAGAGGAUAUCAGGAAAGCCCAGCACAAACAAGCCUUUGAUUCAGAAGAGGCACUCGUACCAUAUAGUAAACCCAACUUCCCAUCCCCUGGUGGCCACAGCUCUUCAGGAACAGCUUCUUCUAAAGGAUCCACCGGACCUAGAAAAGGUGAAGUCUUGCGAGGAGGUCACCAACGCAAUGCCAGUGACCUUCUCGAUGUAGGCUAUAUGGGAUCAAACAGUCAAGGACAGUUUACUGGUGAAUUAUAGUAGUUGAGAAGACACAUUGCAAGAUGCUCUGAUGGACCAUCAGGUCUGAACUCAUGGAAGUGAUGACACUAAACAGUGCAAUGAACAUUUUCUUUAUUUAUGUACUAUUAAAAGAACUGUAAAUGCAAUGUAAAGACACACAGCCACACAUAUCCCACAGAUACUUUACUUGUGUUCUUCUCUUUAAUACACCAUCCACCUUAAACUAUUCCUUGUCAGGAGUAUAUAAAAAAGAAAAAAAAAAGGGAAAAAAAAAAGAAAAAAAGAAAAAAAAGUAAACACAAAAGCCUCCAGGAUGGAAAGGAUUUCCUUCUGUAUAUAAUUUCUUUUGUUGCAUUGCUAUGCAAGCUCACCUUCUUUUUAGCUAUGUUCAUAUUCAUGUCUGUUUUUAUUGGUCUGUUGUACUAUAUGUGAAUUAAUAGGCUGUGGUGCCAUAUAUUAACUUUUAAUUGUGUAACUUUUAUGUUUAAAGUUUGCACUGCAAUUUUAUUUGGUGAUAAGCACAAAACUCUACUCCUCAUGACAUGAAGAAAAAAGACUGAAUGUGUGAAGAUUUACGUACUGUAAGCUACUUUGGAUAACGCUGGAUGUAAAGGAGUGUGUUAGGUGGUUUUCCAUUGGGGUGUAGAAAUGAGAAAGUGACAGGCAAAACUGAUGUCAGUGAAGACAUUAGAGACAGAUUUAAAUGUUUGAAAAGCAAGCAACAUAGUUGCUCUUCUUAUUAAAGAUGGGGUCAGAAGUUGAAAGUGGGAGAUUAAAGAGUGAAUAUGAAAAUCAAAGGUAGCAUGAGAUGGCCUAGACCCUUUCACUAGAAUGAUGCUCUUGGUAUCUGUUUUUAGCCAUCCCAUGCCUCUAACGGGGAAGAAAAUCAAACCUUGCUACAAACAGAAGAACUUAAGGUGUUUCACUAAAGCUGUUUUGUAUUGCAGUUUUAAAAUAAUUAUUACCAUUAAUUUCUCCAAUGCAAAACAUGACAGAGAUUUCCCAGGAGAAACAAACAAUAUAAACUCAAGGAAUACCUAGUAAGUAGAUAAGGGUGCAAUUUAUUAUUAAGACAUAUUCAGGCUGCUUCCAAAAAAUUGAAAUGUCAGAGUAUCACAUUUCAUCUUUCCACUACAUGUACAGUACAAUAGAGGAUAGAGCUGCACCACUGAAAUUCAUGACAUUAAUUGUUUUGAUGCAGUCUAAACAAACCUUUGUGUUCUGUUACCUGAAGUCUUUGAGAGCUGCAGCUGGAUCCACUUAAUUUGUAGUGAAAUGUUUAGUGUUUGGAAGGAAAGCAGCAGUCAAAUUCUUUUUGGCUUGCAUUAAGUACAUUUCUGGCAAUACAAUGUAUCCAAAAAGUUGGAUAUAUACAAAGAAAAUUUUUUACCUGUGUUUUAGUGAGUGACUUCAAACCCUACGAUGAUGAGGGAAUAACGCAUGUUUAUAGAAUUUUUGAAUAAACCAAACUCUGUAAGUGGACAUUAAUGACAGCAUCCUGCCUCUUCAUUAGUUUUCAUGACUUUGUCCAAAUCUUCUGUACCUCUCAAAUCUCAAUAAGUAAAUUGUCAAACUUUUCUUAGAAUAUUGUAUGUGGAGAGUCCGUUCAUUUGAUGCUUAAUUUAAAUACUGCAUCCUACAGCUUAUUUCUGUUAGUUAUCUGACCAUGAACACAAGUUUCCAUUUGAAUACCCUUUUCCUAUAACCAGUCUAUGUUGUUUUAUAUAUUGCCUUGGAGCUCACCAGUAUUAAGAACACUUUUAGUAAUGGCAGAAUUUUAGAAAAGUAAAUCACAAUGCUAAAUAUGUGUUGCUUUUCAUUUCAUUAACUUGUUCCAUGAUAAGAUAAAACACUACAGCUAUCAACUAUAACUCAGCACUAUUGAAUAUUUAAAAAAAUGUUAGUUACCUUCCUUAAGGUCAAGUUAUUUAGCAGGCUACAAAUAAAAAAUUCAGGAAAAAUGUAUGUGUCUAUAUACGUGACCAAUGAAUAUAUGUAAUUUUCCUGCUUGUUAAACCCUUAUAGUUAAAACCAUUACUAAAAAAUGUGAAAAAAUUUUAAAGUAAGAUAAAGAAGGCAUCAUAUUUGCAUAUGUAUGUUUUUAUUUUGGUGUUAUAUGAAGAGAAGAAUAUUAAGGGUACAAUUCAAAUUUAAUUCUCCGGAAUAUCAUUAACUCAGUCACCAGUAGAUUUUUUUUUUUCCUUUCAAUUUCAAGGCUUGUGCUGAGCUUUGGUGGAACACCUUACUCACUAUAUUCUAUUCAAAAUUCAAUAUCAUUAGACGUUGAUUAAACCAUCCCAAUUACUUUCAAAUAUGUGUUUUAUCUCUUCCACUGGAAAGUAAAUGUGUGUCAGUAUUAAAGCUGUGCAGUACCAUGGUAUUCACUAACUUGGCCAUCUGCUUCUGUACAUUUCUGUUCAUUAAUAAUUUGCUUACAAUAUUACAUAAGAUGUUGUGUAUCGCAAAGUGUCUCCAUUAUCUUACAGGUGGUGUCUCUUCUUUUUUUUUCUCUCUCUCUUUUCUAAACAGUGUACUUCCAAUGAACCACAGUACAUAUUUUUUAAAAUGCCAUUUAAUUUACUAUUUUAAAAGAAGUCUUCUUCUUUUUUUAAAAAAAUUGAAAACAUUUAUUGUGAAUAAUGUGUUUAAAGAAAGGGAUGUUGUGGCAGCACUUAGAAUUGUUUUAAAUUUGUUUUUUUUAAAAAACCUGUUUAUUGGCUACAGUUUGUUCACGGAAAAGUAUGACCUCUUAAUGUGUUUCAUUGGUAUUGUUAGUGCAGCAAAGAUUAAUUGGCAUAAAAAGUUGGUUAAUAGUACUGUUGAAGUGUGUAUUGUAUAUUUACUGGGGAAAAAAUAAACCAUAUUCACAUUUCAAAUCUAUGUCAAAAGAGCCUGAGUAAGGAGUCAAUAUGUGAAAACCCAGACUGGGAAAAUCAGGCAAUAAUAACAUAGACUGAGCUAUAAUCAUCACUGUCCACUUACAGUAAUAAGGAACAUUUUCUAUGCUGAUUUUUGACCUAGGCUAACAGCUGUCUUAUAAAUAGGCCAGUGGUAAGCCUGUCAGUCAGAGGGAUUUCUGUGAAAGGUCCUGUCUCUAUUGGGAAUAGUUGUACCAAUGUAGUUACACUGAUACAACUAUUCUGGUGAUGCAUUCUCUGUUUGUAGACAUACUUUCUAAUUAAGGACUGCAAGUGCACAGCUUACUUUGCUGAAAGCCCAUGAAGUAGUGAACAUGUAAGACCUGUGUUCAGUGGGUCUGAACCCUCGGGCUUGGGGUUUUGUACUGGUGGAGCUACUGCCAAUCCAGUACAGAAUAUCACCAGAACAUACAAAUACUAAGUCAAUCUUUUUCAAUCUUUGUAUUGACUAUAUGCUCAAUUCUAAAUACUAGAGGGCUAAAGGACCAAAUAUUAAAUUGUUACAUGUGCUUCAGUGGUGUAUUGCUGUACGGGCAGCCAUUUUGGUGAUGGAAACAACAGACUUUUCUUUUUUGCUAUUAAUUAUUUCUCAAGUCCUUAUCCAAGUCAGCAAACAUCUUGAGCAACCUUUGGUUGUCACAUGAAAUACAACAGAAACACUGUUCCUUGGGAAAAGCACAAAAGAAAAGGAUCAUGUAGUGUUUUAAGUAUAUUUAUUUAACUAUACACCAAUACAAAAGGAAUACAUAACUGUUUGAAAUAAUAAUAUGGUGGCUUAUGCUUGCCUCAGAAAAGGUGUGUACUAAGACUGAGAAAGAGAUCUCAUGACUGACAGAGAGUGGUGGUUGGGUUGGGGGAGAUUCUGGCAGGAACUUUUUCUUUAAAAAAAAAUAUAUAUAUAGGCAGCUUCUUUGGCUUUUCUACAAUUUAUACAGUUUGGUCUUUUUAUUAUUAAAGGCCUUGUGGAAAUUUAUUAGGGGAAGUAGAAGCAAAAAAGUUGACCUUCUUUUAUAAAGACUCGGGGGAUCUUGUUCACUGAGGGAAGGAUUUUUUAAUUUAUUUUUUUAACACAGUUUAUUUUGGCUAUCAGGAACAAAUUAGUUAAAAAUAAAUUCUAUUCGAAAACCAUGUGGGCAAUGGACAAUUCAUUUAGGAGGUAUAUUGAAAGAGUAGGAAACGUAGCAAAGACUAAAACUAAAAAAAGGAACACAUAGCUAAAUCCACUAGAGUUUCACAUGUAAUUCCGGAUUGUUGUUAAUUAGCAUAAAAUUCAUUGUUCUUGGUUUCCAUACUAAAACCAAAUUAUCCAAAGUCCACAGGAGGUCUAGAUCCUUGAGACACUAAAUCUGAUACUUUAAAUGUGUGGUUAAUCCAAGCUGUUGUGGCUCGAGCAUGCUCAGGGCACAGGAGGCCCCAGCCCUGGUUGCUCACACACCAGCAGUCUCAAGCACAGCAAGUCUCAGGCUUGGCAAGCUUAAGUGGAUGCACUCAGUAGGCACCUGGUCAGGCAUCAUGUUUGUAGAGACCUGGUACUUCACUGAGGAUGGGAGUUUUUCAAGGCAGGGAACGUCUCCAAUGGUUCAGGCAUUGUGGUACUUCAUAUUGGAGCUACUUAGUCAAGCAAGUCUCAUGUUUUGAGACCACUCUCCCCAGUCCUUGUCUCAGUGCUGUCCUGCUGUGGUCUGUGUACUUAGUGCUGUUGCAGUCUCCUGGAUCUGGGGAGCCUAGCAUGGGGGUGCAAGAGAAGAAGAGAUGCAGUGGCUCUGAGAGGCAUGUAAUGCUCUGCAUGCAUUGAGUGACUGGAUAUGUGCCCUAUUAGUUAAAAGGGGACCAGGGAACACAAUAGAGCAGUGGUCCCAAAUACCUGCUCUGCUGUUUGUAGCUCGUUCCGUGUUUCUGUUUCAGACUGACCUCUUUCCCUGCCAAACAUUCGUACACCCAAAAUAAGAGAUAAAACUUAAGUACACCUCAUGGGACCAAGAGUAGAUGUAGGACGAUGCCUACAUGCUGCCAGUGUGGACUGGGGAUUGGGGAAGAACUAGCUCUGAGCUCUAGUGUUGAUGUGAAGACUAGGUAGCUCUCUAGCCUGCCUUUAUUUAACUGUGUAGCUACAUCCAGGAAGACCAAAGCAGAAAACAAUUCCUAGAGCACACCUCAGCAUUGCAGCAACUCUUCUGGCAUGGGACUCCUCAUUCAGUCCGUCUUAGACCUAUCCUGAGUUCAAUCCUGGCUUCUCACCAACAUGCUGAGGACUGAAAUGGCUUACACUGACAUUUAAGCAAGGGAGGUUGUUCCCCUCUCUGGAGCAGAAUGCAAAAAAACUCAAACAAAAACAAGCAAAAAAAAACAAACCACCAACCCUGUCACAUAAACACAAACCUUUAAAAACAGUCUUAAAAUAUCCUAGAAAACCAAGCAUUUCCAAUUUACAUAUUUGGGGACUAUUUCUUUUUUUUUCCCUUUUCUUGGUAUUUUGUCCUAGGUACCAUUGAAAUUAUGUGUAUUUUUUCAGAGCUGCUACACUCUCUCUCCAUCCCUCCCAUUCUCCAGUACUUAUCUUUCAGCUGUACAGAAGUUAUGGUAGAGAAUAAUUACAUUUGUAUACUUUCCGUGUUAUAACUUUCAGCAACAAGGUGCAGAGUUGCAUUCAGUUCAAUUGAUCAAAGCCAGAUGGGGAUGAAAUGUUUGUGAUUUUUUUUUUUUUAAAGGCCUGCUACUAUUUGUGCUGAUAUUUGUUACCCAUUUAUGCUGAUCAGUGCAUCUUUUGCCUUCAAGGAUGCCAUUAGAAAUUCUCCUUUGUGUUCAAAAGCAGGAAUCCAUUGUGCAGCACUUUGAGAGCCACUCGGAUGCAGGUAAAGAAUAUAACAGCUUGAGCAAGUGCUAAUUAGAACCAAUUAAACUUAAUUGACCUCCUUUGGCAGUAAAAUGCAUAAUAGAACUUGCUCUGUCCUUGCAAAAUGGAGAUCUGCCUCUAAGCAUAAGAGUGAAGCAUGGUUUCAUGUAUCAGCCUGCAGUAAUUAUGUGGGUAUAACAACCAGGAAGCUGGUUACUUCAAUUUGUUCUAAUAACUGAGCUCUACUGUAUCAGGGCAGUGCAAUAAAAGUGAGAUUUCUUGUUCAGUCUAUUUAAAAACUUAAUUUUUACAGAGCAAAUGAGCAUCCCAAGAUACCAAUACUAAUAUCUAGGAAUGAGUUGGCAGAAAAAUACAGAGUCCCUUUUAUAGGUAAGUGAUGCUGUGAGCAUAAAAGAAGGCAGUUAUAUGCCUGCGAGUUGGAAAUGGCUCUGAUGCUCAGAGGCUGUGUCUACCCUGAGCAGUAGGUGUAAGCUCCAGUGUGUGGUUUGGUGCCUUGUCGAGGUGAAUGAUCUGCCUACAGUUUAGCAUGGCUCCCUGCUGCACCUUGCAAUGAGGUUGCCUUCUGCAGACUUCUGCUUGAAAAGAGGCACUGGCAUCCAUCCAUCUGAUGUUUGCCAUGCCAUGGGACUGGGGCAUAAAGCAGGUGUGUGCAUCACUACCAUGGGCACAAAUCUGGACACAGAGGUACCCAAAUAAAAAUAGAGAGAGAAAGAGUAAGGGAGAAAAAGCAGGGUAAGAAAUGUAAAACUGUAUGAAUUCAAAACUAUCAGUGGAGACUGCUAAACUGCACAUACCUGUAAAAAGCUGAAAAGCCAUUUUUAUUAGUAAAACAAAACUGAUCCAGUUUCAGUGACCAUGCUUUGCUGACUUUUUCCAUAUCAGGAACUGAAUGUGACUGAUUUUGCUGCUAACUUGGCCUUACUAUUAACAGCAAUAAAGGUGUUAGUCAGGUGGGGACUUUGAUGUGACCAAUAACAUCACUCUCCCUUCAGGGAAUGUUCAUG